UCUUUAACCUCACCCUCCCCACCCCCCCAGCCUCCGCCCAGCUCAGCCCAGCCCAGCCCAGCUCGGCCCCACUCACUCUCCCCGCCCUAGACCCAGCCCCAACCCCAGCUAGUAGCAGCCUCUCCAGCAAGCAGCAGCCGCCGCCGCCUCAGCCCUAGACGUAGAAGCAGCAGCAGCAGCAGCAGCAGCAGCAGCAGCAGCAGCAGCAGCAGCAACACGAAUAGUACUUGUAGUCGCUCCUCCCGCAGAGCAUGAGCGCGGCCACUCACUCUCCAAUGGUGCAGAUGGCGACCAGCAACAGUGGAAACGGCGGGGAUCGAGACCCCUUACCCCCAGGCUGGGAAAUUAAAAUCGACCCACAGACUGGUUGGCCCUUCUUCGUGGAUCACAACAACCGUACCACUACGUGGAACGACCCGCGCGUCCCCCCAGAGGGGCCCAAACCAAAUAGGAGCCCCUGGAGGGAAAAAGGAGCUUUGAGGACACAGGAGAAUAAUGGUACAGAGGAAAGUCAAUCAUCAGCCAACGGCCCAUCUGAGGAAAGUCCCAAGCUACCUCCCACUAAGGAGGGUACCCCAGUGUAUCCCCAGCUUCGUGCUGGCUACAUUCCCAUUCCAGUUAUCCACGAAGGCUCUGAAAACUGGCAGCAGCAGCAGCACCCACUCUACUCUUAUCAGCCUGGGAUGCAGCGAAUGAAAGCAAAACCAACCUCUCUGAGAUCUCAGUCACCUUUAUCACCCUUUCCCCAAGCAGAAUCCUCUGCCAGAAACUCCUCUGAAUCUGCCCGGACAGAAAGACCGUGUGGAAGGGCUACUGGGGUUCAGAGAUCCCAUUCUCCGGACCUUUCUGCCGCUGCCUCUUCCUCCUCGGGCCAGCCUUCCUCCUCCACCAGGAGCUGCCGGGCGGGCCAGCUUCCCCGAGGCUUCAUCCCUAUCCCUGUGAUUCAUGAGCACAUCCACAAGCACCCGGCACAUUACCAUCACGCCCAUAAGACUCACUAUCCGGCGGUGGAUUUACACUCUCAUCAGCCAGUGCACAGGCUCCAUGCUGAUGAGCCCAAGUGUGGCCGCUCACAGUCCCCAUUCAAAGUGCUUUCCAGGGACUCAUCCAGCCGGGAAGAGUCUCCAUGCAGAUCGAACGCACCCCGUCUCUCGCAGUCUCCUGCCCGAGGACCGAUCAUGGACAGACCCCAGGCUUCUUCUCAGCAGCCAGGGGUCCGCCAAGAGUCAGCCCCAGGGCCCCAACCUGAAUGCAAGCCAGAAAAUAAGUCAAGCCCUGCUGGAUCAGAUCUCUCUUCAGGCUAUGUCCCAAUUCAAGUUAUCCACAAGGAGGCCGAUUCCAAACCAGCUUCCAAGAAGCGUGCCCCUCCUCUGGAAAAGGUUGAAGUGAAGGUCCCUGCGUCCUCGACUCCCAGCUCCUCUCCUGUCCCCAGCACUUCUUCUGCCCCAGAAGAGAAUCCGCCGUCCCCCGCUCCCUCCUCUCCCAAACCGGCAGCGAAGAAGCCGACUGAUGCAGAAGGAGACCCCAAACAUCCUGGCGUGGUGAAAGUAGAAGCCAUCCUGGAAAAGGUGCAAGGGCUCGAGCAGGCUGUGGACUCAUUCGAAGGGAAGAAGACAGACAAACAGUACCUGAUGAUCGAGGAGUAUUUGACCAAAGAGCUUCUGGCCUUGGAUUCGGUGGACCCUGAAGGACGUGCCGACGUGCGCCAGGCCAGGAGGGACGGCGUAAGAAAGGUCCAGCAGAUCUUGGAAAAACUCGAACAGAAAGCUGAAGAGGAUGUCCCGGGUCAAGAUCAGGUUUACGAACUCCAGUCCAGCUCCUCAAAGGAUGAGAGUCCCCCGGAGGAGGCUGCGGCGCCGGUCACUGCCCCGGCAGCAGGCAAAAGCAAGAAGAGUGCAAAGGCCAAAAAGGAGCCCAAAACGGAGCCGGAGCCGGCGAACACCAAAGAGGUGGUAGAUGCCAGCACGUCUACAAAUUCAGUAAUGCUGCAGCCAUCUUCCUAUUCUAAAUAAAAAACUACCUUGGACUUGGGACCUUGGCCCUGUGUGCUUAAAGAAAUGUUAAGUUGCAUGCAUGUCUGGAACUCGGCAGCCUUUGGUCUUUAAUAAACUUAGCCGCUUGGGGGGCACCGUACCAGCUUAGGCCGUAGUGCACGUAGUGGGGAUGGUAAACAGGGGUGAAAACCUAACACCAAAAGGGCUACAAUGAAAAUGACGCUUUUUCUUCUGUGUUCUUCUCUUGUAUAAAUAAAGAAGCUGCUUGUUGUUUCAAAAAGCCCGUCCCGUACUUGAGUCAUUCUGGUGCCCUUUGGGUACGAGGACGCGCUGUGUUGAUCGGCGUGCAUAUGGUCUUCCCGGAUGCUUCCUUGGCCGUCUGUUCUCUAGGGAGCUGGGUGGGGGGAACCGAUACAUCCGUACUCAAGAAUAAGCCAGCUGAUUUUUCAGACGUAGCAACUUCUCAGCAAGAUGGCGGUUUUUUCCCUUCUUCUUUUCACCAUUGGGCACGUUAAGAAAUGGCAGAUGGGAAGUAUAUGAGAAACCGUAGUCCUCUUUAGAUGUGUGGACAACAUUCAAUGCUAAAUUUUAAGAAUGGAAAAUAAACCAAGAAUAAUAUAAUAACCA